AUGGGAACGUGGAAGAAAAGUGCUAGUAUCCACGGACCUCCGCUUGCCGCAAGAACGGUUGCGAACCAUAACUGCAGGCGACAGAUUUCGUUUGCAUGGGAUUGGUUCGGCUGGAACUCCCUGGAAAUCCUGGGGCCGAAAAGACCAGAAGCUAUCGUCGGACAGAACCUCCUCGACGUCGUCCUGGACCCCGGCUCCAGACAGAGCCAAGUACCUGGAAGCGGUUUCUUCCGGACACCAGAAAACAGAAUCCGAACAAACUACCACCUCGCGGGCCUCAAAUUCUCCCAGGAGAACAACGACUUCUCGAGCGAACGGAUCUCUGAUGGUCUGUGCUCGAGCUCUCCCUCGAAGCUGCUGUGCUGGAACCUGCGCUGCCCCCUGGGCAGAAGCAGCAGUGAAGUUUCCUCGUUCAGCUGCUGGCGUUGCUCCACUGAUCCGUCGGGCGGGAUGCUCAACAGAACGAGGGCGCAGCGAGGAAACUAA